CCUCCCUCCCUGGGCCUCCAGGGAAAGGCUUCAGGAGACACGAGUUCACUGCAAAGGUACCAGUCUGUUAUACCAAGGCAGGCUCUCUUUCAGGACAACGGGAGCAGAAGAGGCACAAGUCUGGAUGUUGUUCCCAGGGACAGGGCUUGGAGGAGUGGGGAAUAUUUUGUGGGUGCAGACAUGAAAUUAAUGCUGUUGUGUUUCUUUGUUCAGCAGAGACCGACGCAGUUUCCGCGUGCAUUCAGCAUGACAUACCAGCCCGCUGGUCUGAACAGCCCAUCUCCCCCUGCCCGUGUGGACGCGUGGGCUGGAGGCCGCCCAUCGCCGGUGGGUGCCAUGCAGGCUCCCGUGGCCUCCGUGUACAACCCUCUGCAGAGCUCCGAGCUGCGGCGCAGGCACAGCUCCUCCUCCAGCCCCAGCCAGGUCCGGGUGGGGCCUGAGCAGCUGAAGCAUGCGGCCCAGGUCUGCCCCAACAGCCCUGUGGAAGUGGAGGUGCCGGGACUCAAAGUGCUGCACGUGCAGUUCAAUUCUCCCCUGCAGCUCUAUUCGCAGAGCAACAUCAUGGACACUCUGCAGGGGCAGAUCUCUUCUGUUAGCCCUGAUUUCCCCAGUUUAGAUCAGCAUAACCAGACCCCAGGCAGCAUUGCCAUAGACAAACAAUCUGAGGUUUACAAGAUGCUGCAGGAGAAUCAAGAGUCAAAUGAGCCACCCAGACAGUCUGCUUCAUUUCUUGUGUUGCAAGAGAUCUUGGAGUCAGAGGAGAAAGGAGACCCUACCAAACCAUCUGGAUUUAGGAGCGUCAAGGCCCCUACCACAAAGGUGGCCUCAUCGAUUGGGAAUGCCCAGAAGCUGCCCAUGUGUGACAAGUGUGGAUCUGGCAUUGUAGGGAUGUUUGUGAAGAUCCGGGACAAGCAGCGCCACCCCGAGUGCUACGUGUGCAGCGACUGCGGCACCAACCUCAAGCAGAAAGGACACUUCUUUGUGGGAGAGCAGAUCUACUGCGAGAAGCACGCGCGGGAACGGGUCAUUCCCCCCGAGGGCUACGAGGUGGUCACCGUCUUCCCAAAGUAAACGUGCUGCUCACAAAGCCAAGGGGAUGAUUUAUCCUCUGCUGAUUUUCCUUGGAGAGCAUUAUCCCUACCCCCUGCAGAAUCUUGUUUGCAAUAAGGAAUGUUAGGCAUGGCUUUGAAUUUCCUUGUCAUUAUUAAUCCUCCAUCUGUUCACAUGAGAUGUCACUAAUUGUUCAACAUUCUUUUCAUCCUCUCUUUCACUUUUUUUUAAUAAACAAUUUUUUUUCUUUCAUUGUGCUGCCAAUCACACAGGAAAAUCAGAGGCCAAAGUCAGAUUACAACUUUUCUGUGUUCUAGUUAUUUGCCAUCCAUUUGCCUGCAAUAAAUGGGGUGAAUCCACAAGGUAGAAGUGUCUCCUUUCUGCUGUUUUCCUUGUGCACUGGAUUGUGGCUCCCAGAAUGCAGUGCAGCAGAAGAGAUGCCCAGUGCAUGGCUGUGUUUGUCCUGGAGAACAGUGGGAGGUAUUUACAAAGUCAGUCAGGCUGGUCUUGCUGCCAGCUGAGCUGUGAGCAGCUGCCUGCUGGCACCCAGCAAGGGCCAGGAGGGCAUAGCCAAGGUGCAGAGCAGCCUGGGGGCCUGUGCCCAGUGCAAGGCAGCUGAGAGCUGCCUCCUCUGUGUCCAGCACUGCUGCAUGAUGGGACUGGGCAUGGCAGUGUUUCCUGCUACUGCAUCACCACAGAUGGCCCUUUGUUCCCCACGGUCACUAACUGAGCUCUAGGAGAAAAACGAUCUCAUGAUGCUUGCUGGAAACCAGGGAACCUGAGAGUGAGGAAGGGAAAGUUUGAGUGGCCACAGUCCCUGUUCUGGCUCCCCCUGGGGGAACCACAUGUGGCUGCCCAAGGCAUCACCCUGCUCCUCGUGCUGCUGCUGUGCACAGCUCCUGGAGACGCCUUUGGGGGCUGAUGUGGGGUGGGGAGCACGUGCCCCUCAUGCCCUGGACAAAGGGCUGAUGGUGCCUGAGGAGCAGAACCUGUGUAGAGCACAGAGGAAGCCUGCAGUGGUUAUUUCUCUCACACUUCUAAGUGAGAUGAUGGCUAAUCAUGUAAAAAUAAAUGGUUUCUAAGA